CUUCCUUCCGCUCGACGCUCUCUCUCUCAGUCAUUCUAGUCUCGGUGCUCGCUGCCAAAAUAUGAAAGAAAAGAAAAAAGAAGCAGGGAGGACAAAGACGAGACGAGGAAGAGUGAACAAUGAGGAGUGAUUGGAUUUGCGGGCCCUUGAUGAGUCUGAUUGACACCACGGUGAUCGGUCAGGGUAGCUCCAUUGAGCUCGCUACUUUAGGCCCGGCAAUGGUUAUAUGCGAUUAUAUGAGUUAUACGUUCAUGUUCCUUUCGAUUGCUACUUCGAACAUGCUUGCUACUUCCCUUGCCAGAAAGGAUAAAAAUGAAGUCCAGCAUCACAUAUCUGACUUACUCUUUAUUGGGUUCACUUGUGGCUACUUGAUGCUUUUGUUUACGAAGUUCUUUGGUUCAUGGGUACUGACUGCUUUUACUGGACAAAAGAACGCACAUGUUGUACCUGCAGCAAACACAUAUGUUCAGAUUCGAGGCUUAGCAUGGCCAGCACUUCUCGUUGGAUGGGUUGCUCAAAGUGCAAGGUGCUUCUGAUGAACCAUAUCUCUUCCCAUACAUUAUCUACUGAAUAAGCUCACAGUGCCUCAGUAUGGUUGUUCAUACUUGUUCUUGACCUGCUAAUGAAUAUACUCGUUAGCUAUGAGUUGUACUGGACGAAUUUUGUUAAA